UGGCUUUCUGUCUGCGCACGACCAUGUUGUUGAUGCUGCGCUCCACCUGCGGAUUGAUUGUAUGCGAUUGAUUAUCACCACAACCUCUUCCUGGCUUGAUCCAGCGGCUCUCGGUAAAAGAAAUACUUUUUGGACUCGGUUUUUGCCGUCUCCCCUCUUGAGGGGAGAUAAGUAUUGCCGCCAGAAUUCUGGUCGUGCAUCUUUUUGAGCGAAAAAUUCUGAGAAGGAGUCCAAUUAGUUCGUCAAAACUAGUAAAGUAAAGGCAAUCGCAUCACGUACAUUGAGUCAUAUAUCAUUCAGUGAACAUGUUGGCACAACAACAUGCCCGGUAGUCUACUAUAUCGGCUUCAUUUGCAUUUUCUUUUUCAGUAAUUAUCAUAAUCAUUCUUGAAGGCAGUACAACUGCUACUAGUCCUUUUCCUUUAUUACUUCUCUUUGACAAGCUCAUCGCAAGUUCAUCAGCUUGAACCGGUAAAAAUUGUACUUGCAAAAAUAUUCACCAAUAUCUAGCUUCAGAUUCAGGUAAAGAAGUAAAAAAAACAAAGAAAAAGAUGGCGUGUUGCAUCUCCCCGGGCAAAGCCCGCAAAGCAGAAGGCGAAGCUGUGGUUCCGCCGGUAGAAAGUGGCGGGAGCGUGUGGGCGGACAAAAUUUCCAAGGAGCCCUACUGCCAGCCCCACCUACUUACUGAUGGUGUCGAUGCAGAGAAGCUCGGGGCACAGUUGGGGAAGCUGGACAAAGGUUGGAAUGCUAAAAAUUGUGAUAUUUGUGCCGUUGGUGUUGAUCUUUAUUCAGGUCUUCUGAAAUGAAGCACAAGCAGAAAAAUGACCCUCGCCAUCGGUGGAGGAUGACAGAGACAAUCAACGCUCGUGCAAGCGCAGCAUUUGCAUUCCGCCAAUAGUGUCGUGGCAAAAUUUCGUUGAUUCUUUUUUUCCGAAAACUAUCGAAGAACACCAGAAAGAAAAUCAAAUUUCAGGUAUUCCCGGCGGUCUGGCGGGGUACAUCGAACGUUCGAAAAAGUUGUUACACGAAGUGAAGAACGACGUAAACCCUCUGGCCGACUACACAGUCAGCCAAGCGACCGGCGUUAACCUGAGCGGCGACGCCGGUCCCGGUUCGUUGCAGUUCGAAGAGUACGAAAAGCUUGGGAUGCAGAAACUUGGCAAGCUCGGCUUCGUCCUGGUGGCCGGCGGCCUCGGGGAGCGUCUCGGCUACCCCGGCAUCAAAGUGGAGCUACCCGUUGAGAUGGCCACCGAGCUCUGCUUUCUGAACUUGUAUUGCAAGUACGUUCUAGCGGCGCAGGCAUACGCGAACGAGGGAAAAGCAGUACACUGUUGUUGUGCUUUUUCUCUAUGAUCAAUGAGCUUGGACCCCUACCGAUUAUGGUUCGCGCCGGUGUUAAGAACAAAUGAAACAAGGAAACUACUACACAUCAACAUCAGGACAAGGACAAAGUCGUGCUUCCGCUCUGCAUCAUGACGUCCGGGGACACGCACGACAAGACGGUUGCACUACUCGAAAAGAACGGCAACUUCGGGUUGGCUGCCGACCAGCUGUUUCUGAUGCAGCAAGACAAAGUUCCCGCGUUUUCCGGCGAGAAGUGCGAGUUCGUUCUUAUCCCCCAGAAAAAGACCGACAGGUCAUAUUUGUAAUGCAAAAAUAAAUAGACAAAAAUAAAAAAUCUGUAUUGCAUGCCCUAAACAGGAUGUUAUGGCCUCGCCCAUGACAGAUUUUCCUGUGUAUUUAUUUUUGCAUUACAAAUAUGACCUGUCGGUCUUUUUCUGUGGGAUAGUUCUCUCGGACAGCAAGGACGGUAUCGAGACCAAGCCCCACGUAUGCAAUGCAAAAAUGUCUGGGUCUGGAAGAUUCUGAGACUUGUCAUGCACGGCUUGCAUGAGCCAUGAUGUCUGUGAUGCAUGCCCUAGCGUCACAGGUUUUCUGAGGGAUUCUUGAUGCCUAUGUCGCAUGACAAGUGCCUUCUCCGCGUAGCAAAAAUUAGAAUCCUUUUGCUGCUUAUGCAACACAAAUUUUUUACACAUCCAAACGCAGCAUCACAAGUUGCAUUCUUCCAGACCCAGACAUUUUUGCAUUCGAUACCACGGGCACGGGGACGUCCACACUCUGAUGUACAUGAAGGGCAUUGCCAAAAAGUGGCUGAAGGACCUGGGGCUGGAGUACGUACUGUUCUUCCAAGACACAAACCCGCUCGCCUUUCGCGCACUUGCCAGUUGUCUGGGCGUGUCGGUAUUGGAUGGUGAUGCAGAAUCUCGUGGUCUUCACGACGUUAUUUUGUUUCAUACUGUCAAUUAUCGCAUCAUGUGGUCCAAGAUCAAGGAGAUUUUCUUUAUGAUUAUGACAAUGUAAAACUAUACUCAAACGCAGGUAAAAAAUGAGUUUGCGAUGAACUCGCUUGCUGUUCCGAGAAAAGCCGGGGAAGCGGCUGGUGCCAUUGUGCAGCUGGUGCGCAAGCCUGGCGCGGCGGACACGGGCAUGCCGGCAAAUUUGGUGAUCAUAUCAAAUGCAAAUAUGUCUGGGUCUGGAAGAUUGCCUGGUUUGUCAUGCUUGUCUAACAUGACUCGGAACUCUGUCAUGCGUAGGUGCAAAAAGAUCGAUGUGUCUGUGAUGCAAAAGCGCAGUCUGCCAUGACAUGCGGAAUACGCUACACAUAGCAGCUCAAAAACUUGUCAUGCUUGGCCAUGUAUGACAGUGCGCCCAGUAUUCCCUAGCUUGCAUCACAAGUUUCCAGACCCCCAUUUUGCAUUUGAUAGAUCAACGUAGAAUACAACCUCCUGGGCGGGCUGCUCGCGGACCAGGGCGGCGACUCCGCCAUCAACGAGGCCAACGACUCGGCCUACCCGGGUAACUGCAACAUUCUGCUGUUCCAGCUUGAAAAAUACGUGGCCGCGCUCGAGAACUCCCAGGGGGUGAUGCCCGAGUUUGUCAACCCGAAGUUUCAGGACAAGGAAAAAACAAAAUUCAAGCCCACCCGGCUGGAGUGCCUCAUGCAGGACUUCCCGCGGCUUUUCGCCGACGCAAAGGUCGGGUUUACCAAGUACGACCGGUGGCUGUGCUUCACGUGCGUGAAAAACAACUUGGAGGACGCCAAGAAGAAGUCCGCCGCGCUGCAGCCGCCAGACUGCUGCUUUUCCUGCGAGUCGGACAUCUACUACUGCACCAACAAGUUGCUAAUCCUUGCCGGGAGGCCAGCAACGGAAAAAGUGGACGUACAGGACGUGGAGGAAGAGGUAAGUAAGUAGAUAGAUGAUUUGCUCUGGGCGCGUCUUGGUCGCUCUCGAUUGCGAUUCGUGUGGUAAACGCUUCUUUACGCCUGUAGCUUCAAUAGAAGAUGCUGAACAAAUUUGCUCGCUUUUCAAAAAUUGGACGCAGUGACAUAAAGUGCUACUUUGCUCUUCUGUUAAAGGAUAGUACUUGUUCCCAACACACCAGAUGACCUCCAUCAGCGAAAAAACGGAAUUUCUCGGGAUAGAAAAAAACCUUCCCCCGGUCGCGGUGUUACUGCCAAGCUUCGCGUUGAGUCUCGCACAGUUGCGCGAACGCCUGAACAACAAGCCACUCAAAAUCGACGCGGGCGGAAUGCUUGUGGUGGAGGGCAAUGUGAAGUUUAACGGCUUCACAUUGGAAGGCGCCGUGGACCUCCGGUCACCGCUCGGCGCUCCUGCCACCGAAAUACCGGCGGAUGCGGUGGCAACGAACGCAUCGGCAAAACUGGUCGCUAUGGAAGAAAAAGACAUGGACACCGAUGUGAAGAAAAUACGGGGGUACAGCCUGCUCAAAAACGACGUCUGGGAUUUGAAAACGCUGGUUGAAAAAACCGCAAAAUGAUCUACUCGCACCAGCGACCACCUGCUGAAAUAGGAACUGGUUCUUGCGGUACUAGUCCUCAUGCCGCAAUGGGCGCCGGGGGCAAAGCCUGUUUUGCUUCGGCCGAGCGGGAUCGAAGACGUUUGCAGCAAUUUUCCAAAUCUUGUUCGCGGCAAGAGGGCACAGUAUCCAAAAGGUCGAGCGCGUUUCACAUUCUUGUAAAACCAAAGCAAAAACAAAAACAAGUGGCUCAUAUGCAUUAACUUCAGAUGCAGUUUUUAGUUUCAUUGCGCAAGCACUAUACACUUUUUCAAAUCUUCCGAAAAGGACAAACAAUGAGAUGUCCACUGCAGUAGCAAACAUUAACAUUAUCAUUGAUGUGAAAAUCAAAUUACCAACGAGUUUGGGAGCCUCAUAAAAUAGUGCAAAACAAGAGCAAAUCUACGGCCUUGUCUUGCAUUACAGCUGCAGCUGCUGACGAACAUGCGUUGUAAUUGAGAUACGGUCGUGAUGGUAGCGUGUCGCUGAAUGAUCAAAUGUAAAUGAUUUCGCGGCCGCACUCAGUCUACGACGUAAUCGUAAAUUAAGAAGAACAAUAGUACACAGAGAGAAAGGAUUCGACUGCAGCGUAAAUGCAGAAAAGUCGACGACAUCAU